AGUUGGAGCACAAAUGUGACGUCAUCAACUGUGACGUCAGCGCGGCUGUUUGCAGACUCUCCAAGAUGGCGGAGGUGCGCGGGCUGAGGAGCAGGACUCACUUGGAGUCCGACUGCAGGAGCCGAGUCGCCGACAAAGACUCAAGAGUCAAAGAUGUCCCUAUUGCUCAACAUAUUCGGAGGUCUCCAGCAAGACCCCAGGACCCGGACGAUGACUUGCUUCCUAGGGAGAUGAAUGACAACUGGGGAAUAGCGGCCAGCCUCACCCCCUCAGCAGAAGAAGACAUUCAGGAUUUACAGGUGGAAGAGGAAGCAAAGGCCCAACCUGUCCAGAUCCUCCUGGCCAAUGAGGACCAGCAUAGCUUUGAGCUGGAUGCCGCCGCCCUGGAGAGAAUCCUGCUGCAGGACCAUGUGAAGGACCUCAAUGUGGUGGUGGUGUCAGUGGCCGGUGCCUUCCGCAAAGGCAAAUCCUUCCUGCUGGACUUCAUGCUGCGCUACAUGCACAAUCAGCAAAGUGAAGCGUGGAUCGGCGGCGACGAGGAGCCCUUGACCGGCUUCACCUGGAGAGGAGGAUGCGAGAGGGAGACCACAGGGAUUCAGGUCUGGAGCGAAGUCUUUGUGGUGGACAGGCCGGACGGCAGCCAAGUGGCCGUCCUCCUGGUGGACACCCAGGGAGCCUUUGACAGCCAGUCCACCAUCAAGGACUGUGCCACAGUGUUUGCCCUCAGCACCAUGACCAGCUCCAUGCAGGUGUACAAUCUCUCGCAGAACAUUCAAGAGGACGACCUUCAGCAUCUUCAGCUGUUCACGGAGUACGGACGCCUCGCCAUGGAGGAGAUCUACUUGAAACCUUUCCAGUCCCUGAUGUUUCUGAUUCGUGACUGGAGUUUCCCCUACGAACACAACUACGGCCUGGAGGGAGGCUACGACUUUCUUGAAAAACGUCUCCAGGUCAAGCAGCACCAACACCAGGAGUUGCAGAACGUCCGCAAGCACAUCCACUCUUGCUUCUCAAACAUCGGCUGCUUCCUGCUGCCUCACCCUGGCCUCAAGGUGUCCACCAACCCUUACUUUGAUGGCCGGCUCAGAGAAAUCGACGGGGACUUCAAGGAGCAGUUGUCCCAGCUGGUGCCUCUCCUCCUGGCGCCGGAGCGACUUGUGGAGAAGGAGAUCGGAGGCAACAAGGUCACAUGCCGAGAUCUUGUGGAGUACUUCAAGGCUUACAUAAAGAUCUACCAGGGCGAGGAGCUGCCUCAUCCAAAGUCCAUGCUGCAGGCCACGGCUGAAGCAAACAAUCUGACUGCUGUAGCAGGAGCCAAAGACAUGUACAGCAAGAACAUGGAACAGGUGUGUGGCGGCGACCAGCCCUACAUGGCCCCUGCUGAUCUGGAGCGCUGCCACGAGGAGUUCCGUGAGAACUCUGUGCGCUACUUCCGCUCGGUGAAGAAGAUGGGCGGCGAGGAGUUCUGCCAGCGCUACCAGAGCCAGCUGGAGGCGGAGCUGGACGAGGCCUUGGGCAGCUUCUGCAAGCACAACGAGGGCAAGAACAUCUUCUACGCCGCCCGCACGCCCGCCACGCUCUUCGCCGUCAUGUUAGUGGCCUACGUGGUGUCGGGCGUGACGGGCUUGCUGGGCCUGAGCACGCUGGCGACGCUGGCCAACCUGCUCAUGGGCCUGGCACUGAUGUCGCUCUGCGUCUGGGCCUACGUCAAGUAUUCUGGAGAGUUCCGCGAGGUUGGGACGAUUAUAGACCUGGUGGCGGAGACGCUGUGGGAACAGGUUCUUUCCAAACUUUACCAGCGCGUGGCCAAGGGUGUGCCCUGGCUCUGGCCCGCCGCCCUGCUGGCCAGAGCAACGCCAGGCGUAUGGGCUCUGUCCCCUCCCAACAACAACCGCUACCUCCAUCAGCGCCACAGAAAGAUCCGCUAGACCACCUUGUCGUGUCUUUGUUCCCCUGUAGCGACCACGCCCCAUGGCACACUAUCACUAUCACUGUCUUUGUAGCAACCACGCCCCAUGGCACACUAUCACUGUCUUUGUAGCGACCACGCCCCAUGGCACACUAUCACUAUCACUGUCUUUGUAGCGACCACGCCCCAUGGCACACUAUCACUGUCUUUGUAGCGACCACGCCCCAUGGCACACUAUCACUGUCUUUGUAGCGACCACGCUCCAUGGCACACUAUCACUGUCUUUGUAGCGACCACGCCCCAUGGCACACUAUCACUAUCACUGUCUUUGUAGCGACCACGCCCCAUGGCACACUAUCACUGUCUUUGUAGCGACCACGCCCCAUGGCACACUAUCACUAUCACUGUCUUUGUAGCGACCACGCCCCAUGGCACACUAUCACUGUCUUUGUAGCGACCACGCCCCAUGGCACACUAUCACUGUCUUUGUAGCGACCACGCUCCAUGGCACACUAUCACUGUCUUUGUAGCGACCACGCCCCAUGGCACACUAUCACUGUCUUUGUAGCGACCACGCCCCAUGGCACACUAUCACUAUCACUGUCUUUGUAGCGACCACGCCCCAUGGCACACUAUCACUGUCUUUGUAGCGACCACGCCCCAUGGCACACUAUCACUAUCUUUGUAGCGACCACGCCCCAUGGCACACUAUCACUAUCACUGUCUUUGUAGCGACCACGCCCCAUGGCACACUAUCACUGUCUUUGUAGCGACCACGCCCCAUGGCACACUAUCACUAUCACUGUCUUUGUAGCGACCACGCCCCAUGGCACACUAUCACUAUCACUGUCUUUGUAGCGACCACGCCCCAUGGCACACUAUCACUGUCUUUGUAGCGACCACGCUCCAUGGCACACUAUCACUGUCUUUGUAGCGACCACGCUCCAUGGCACACUAUCACUGUCUUUGUAGCGACCACGCCCCAUGGCACACUAUCACUAUCACUGUCUUUGUAGCGACCACGCCCCAUGGCACACUAUCACUGUCUUUGUAGCGACCACGCCCCAUGGCACACUAUCACUAUCACUGUCUUCGUAGCGACCACGCCCCAUGGCACACUAUCACUAUCACUGUCUUUGUAGCGACCACGCCCCAUGGCACACUAUCACUGUCUUUGUAGCGACCACGCCCCAUGGCACACUAUCACUAUCACUGUCUUCGUAGCGACCACGCCCCAUGGCACACUAUCACUAUCACUGUCUUUGUAGCGACCACGCCCCAUGGCACAGUCUUCUUCUCUUUCAUGGCCUUGUUCUCUGGGACUCACUGUGGUCCUUUGGACUUUGUCUUUCUUUACAGUCCCCAGCCAAGUCCACACCCUUUUUUUAAGAACACUGGCACUAAAACAUGGCUGGCAGUUCCAUGCAGAAGCAGCAGGUGGCACUAUAAUAUCAAUAACCUUGAGGUGGUCAAGCCGCUGAGUGAACAUUACGUGGAAGACAAGGUGAGGCAGACGGUGGUCAACUCUCUGAAAGCCAGCCUGACAGAAGGCAGCUCGCAGCAACACGCCAAGUUAAAGACGCACUGACGCACUUCCUGUCAACAACAACAACAACAACAACACCAAAGCUGACCUCCUUCGCUGUGGCCUUUUGCCAAAACCACAACAUCAUGCCUUCCACUUGUUCACAGCGUUCUUGGUUUAAAAGCACAAUCAGGAAGUUAGAAUGUGAAUUGUUUGGACAGUAUUAUUAAGAAUCACUUGUAAAAAUAGGAAGUGUCAAUCAAACUGUAACAAGCCGCCAUAUUUCUUUCAUUUUUCACAGUAGAGUGCUAAAUUAAGCGCUAAUUACCUUUAAUGUCGGACUUAACAUCUUCACUACUUAGUUGACUUCUUCAUAGAAACACUGACUUUUGACCAUUUCAUUUAGGUUCAAAAUUAGCUUAGCAUGAAGGCUAACCAUUUUUCAUAAAGUUUAGUCCCAAAAGAUAUUUUUGGCUUCAUAAAUUAUUAUAGGUAUAAAAUUGUUGAAGCGAAAGCAGGCUAUUGGCUUAGUGUGGUGGAAUUGGUGAUCUUUAGGAGCCGUUUAACGCUAGCAGUUGCUAAUCAAAACUCAUUUGCUCUAGUCUUCAACCCCAAAAAGUUUUAUUCUUAACACAAAUUUUAUGUUACGUGAACACUAUUUUUGUGCUUUAAUCAUCACACUUGUUUGACAUCUAUAGUACUUAAAGCAACAUAGAAAUACCUAUUGCUGACUUGACAGUUUAGCUUGCUGUUAGUGUGAAGGCUAAACAAAAUGAUCUUAGCUUAGCUAUCUUAGGCUAACGUCCAAAUGCCAUUUCUCGCUUCAAAAAAAGGUUUAUAGGUACAAAAUGAUGUGUUUAAAAAGAAGACUAUGACGUUAUGUGGUACAAUUGGUGAUCUUUAAGUGCUGCCUCACGCUAACGUUUGCUACUUCCAGUCUCCAUGCUAAUCAAAGCUAAUUUCCUAGCCUGUUAACUUUUCACCCCCAUAAAAAUGUUUCUGUUUUCUAAAAAAGAAAUGUCUAACUCAACGAAACAAAGUGAAGACCAUUUUCUCCCUUUAGUUGUCGCACAUCUUUAACAUCUAUAAUACAAAGUCUGUAUACUUUAUAGAAACGCCUUGACAAAUUAGCUUAGCUUGAAGGCAAUUUUUUUUUUUUUUUUUUUUAAAUGACUCAUUACGUCUAAAGUUCAGUUCAAAUGUCAGUUCUUGCUUCAUAAAAUGGUUUAUAGGUAAUUACUUGUUUAAAAGCAGACUAUGUGGUAGAAUUGGUAAGCUUUAAGUGCUGCCUCAAGCUAGCACUUGCUACUUCCGGUCUCCGUGCUAUGAAAGCAAAUGAACCCAAGACUCCCAACUAAACACCUUUGAACUUUGUAGCCCCCGAAAAACGGUUUAUUCCUUAAAAGUCUGACGUCAACAUGAAGACUAUUUUCGCCCACUCGUUUGAUUCUCAGGAGCUAUUAGACUAAGGUUGUGAUGACGUCACUCCGUUUAUUCCCUUCUCCGUGACUGCAGGUGGAACUUGGAUUUUGAAAUAGCCUUUGUAUGCAUUUUAGAGCCAAUCGAGGUUUGUUUGGGGUCAAUUGAACAGCGUUGCUGUAGCUAAGUUUCUUUGGAACUGUUCAUAGACGCGUCCUGUUUGGGAGGACGAUAGAAACGUGAUUAUCAGGUUGAUUUGUGUGGAGUAUGCCUGUCCACCUUUUUAAAACAUUUGUGGUAAUUUAUUUUUGAAUAAAGCAUUUACCUUAAGAAUAAAAUCAUACAAGUCA